AUGAAACCAUUUAUAGGAGCUAUUGAUCAAGGUACAUCAAGUACAAGAUUUAUUUUAUUUGACAAGAAUGGUGAAAUUAUAUUAUCACAUCAAAUUAUUUUAAAUCAACAUCAUCCACAUCCAGGAUGGGUCGAACAUGAUGGUAAAGAAAUUUUAGAUUCAGUCAAUAAAUGUAUUGAUGUUGUAAUGAAACAAUAUUAUGAAAAGGGAUAUGGUACAAAAGAGGAUAUUAAAGCAAUUGGUAUAACAAAUCAAAGAGAAACAACUAUAGUAUGGGACAAAACAAAUUCAAAACCAUUACAUAAUGCAAUUGUUUGGUGCGAUACACGUACAUCAGAUUUAGUACAAUAUUUUACAUCAAAAGCUAAAAAAGAACAUCAACAAAAUAAUAGUAAUAAUGAAAACAAAUGUGGUUUACCAAUUAGCACUUACUUUUCAGGUUUAAAAUUAAAAUGGUUUUUUGACAAUUGCGAAAAUGUUAGAAACAGUCAUUCUAAAGGAGAAUGUUUAAUGGGUACAAUUGAUAGUUGGUUGGUUUGGAAUUUAACAGGUGGUCAAUCUCAUGUUACUGAUGUUACCAAUGCAAGUAGAACAAUGUUAAUGAAUUUAGAAACAUUAAAAUGGGAUAAGAGUUUAUGCGAUUUCCUUGAGGUUCCAAUCGAAAUAUUACCAGAAAUUCAUAGUUCAUCAGAAGUUUAUGGUUAUGUUAAAGAAGGUCCACUUGAAGGUAUUCCAAUUGCAGGUGUUUUAGGUGAUCAACAAGCUGCUAUGGUGGGUCAAAUGUGUUUUGAAAAAGGACAAGCUAAAAACACCUAUGGUACAGGUUGCUUCUUAUUGUAUAAUACUGGUAAUGAUAUCGUCUACUCUAGAAAUGGUCUUUUAACAACUGUAUGCUAUCAAUUUGGACCAGAAUCAAAAGCAGUCUAUGCAUUGGAGGGUGGCGUUGCAGUUGCAGGUUCAGGUGUUAGAUGGUUAAUUGAUAAUAUGGGUAUUGCCAAAACUAGUCAAGAAAUUGAGGAUUUGGCUACAUCUGUUAAAGAUACAGGUGGUAUGUAUUUUGUACCAGCAUUCUCAGGUUUGUUCGCACCAUAUUGGAGAGAAGAUGCAAGAGGUGUAAUGGUAGGAUUGACUCAUCACACCAAUCGUUGUCACAUGGCUAGAGCCGUAUUAGAGUCGACAUGUCUUCAAACCUAUGAAGUUUUAGAAGCAAUGCAAAAAGAUUCUGGUGACACAUUAUUAGAGCUCCGUGUAGAUGGUGGCAUGGCAAAGAAUAACCUUUUACUUCAAACUCAAGCAGAUCUCCUUAGUCUCCCAGUUGUUAAACCAUGUAAUUUAGAAACCACCUGCUUUGGUGCCGCUUUUGCUGCUGGGUUAGCCGUGGGUGUUUGGAAAGAAUCAAUGGAGUUUAAAGUUGGCUCUAAAUUUACUCCUCAACUAGAUCAAAAGAAUAAAAUGAAAAAAGUAAACGAAUGGAAGAAAGCAGUUUCAAAAUCUUUAAAUUGGGUUGAUUCAAUCGAAGAUUUAAAUAAUGAUACAGAAGAAACAAUUAGUAUUCAAGUAUCAACUUCAACUGAUAAACUAAACGAAUAA